AUGACUGAUAUUACCAUAGAAGAUUUCUGUGUCGGCAACUUGCAAGAAACGCCGCUAUCACUAUUCAUUCAGCUAAUUAGUACAUUAGUAGUCGCUAAAUGCUCUUUAGGAUCAGAUAUUGACUAUCCAGAUGAUUACGGAAUGAAACUACAAAAUGGACAUGAGUUUGAUUUCAUUAUUAUUGGUGCAGGAUCUGGGGGAUCAGUACUAGCUAACAAAUUAACAGAAAACAAAAAUUGGAAAGUGCUGGUCCUAGAAGCUGGUGGAAUUCCCUCUGAUACUAGUGACAUUCCUUUUCUUUCUUUUAAUGUACAAGGAACUUCCAAUGAUUGGCAAUAUACAACUCAAGCAACAAAUAGCUCAUGUUUGGGUUUCACAAACAGACAAUAUGAUCCCAUUACACUUUCGUUAAAAGAAGGCUAUAAUAACCUCAGUAUUCCUUACCACGAAGAGCAGGACCCAAAAAAGAUAAUAGGAAUCUUAGAAGCUCCAUUAUGUAUUCAAUCUGGCACGAGAGCCAACAGUGGUAAAACUAUAUUAGGAACGAUUCGGCAAAGACAGAACCUGUUUGUUAGUAGACACACUGUGGUAGACAAAAUUCUAAUAAACCCAGAAAAUAUGGCAGUCUCUGAAGUGCGAGUAAGAAUUGGACUUCAAACUUUGUUAAUAAAAGCUCGCAAAGAAGUGAUUCUUUCAGCCGGUUCUAUCAACUCUCCGCAGAUACUAAUGCUUUCUGGAAUUGGUCCAAAAGAUCAUUUAAAACAGCAUAAUAUUUCACUAAUAAAGAAUCUUCCUGUUGGAGAAAAUCUACAAGAUCAUUUAUUCUUUACUGGUUUUAGUGUUAAACUAGAUUUAAACGCUCUUUUACCAAGGGAUCCUAUUGACAUUGUCUACGAAUACUUUAAGCACCGCAAUGGCUUGUUAAGUACCGCUGGUAUUGCAAAUUUCAUAUCGUUUAUCAACACAAAAAACGAUUCUGACAUUCCGAACGUUUCUUAUCGUCACAUAAUAUUUCCCGCCAGUGAUGAUAUUCUCCUUCCUGCUGUAACCAAGGCUUUUGGUAUGGAAGACGAUGUUGUCAAAGCUAUGGAGAAAGCAAAUAAAUACGAUCCGGUAAUGAUGAUACUACCUAGUAUUGUAAAUCCAAAAUCUAGAGGCAAAGUUCUUCUGCAAAGUAACAAUAUUGACGAUAAGCCUUUAAUAUAUCCGGGAUACAUGACAGAUACUGGUGAGGAGGAUAUUCAAAACUUAUUGGAUGGUAUAAGGCACUUAUCAACAACGUUUGGCGACCUUACUAGUACUUGUGCAAUGGGUCCCAAAGACGAUGGCAAGUCAGUGGUAGAUUCCAAUCUGAAGGUGCAUGGUAUUAAGAACUUAAGAGUUGUUGAUGCUAGUGUUAUACCGUCCAUAGUCAGCAGUGGGACCCAAGCGACUACAAUGAUGAUUGGAUACAAAGCGGCUCUGAUGAUAAAAAAGGACUGGUCUGUACAACACGAAGAACUAUAA